CUGAUUCCGAAAAUGCCGAUCACGACCGUGAGCCUCAUCCUACCGAGGGCUCCCGACAUCGUCACCGUCAUAAUCUCAGACUUCCUCGUCGCUGAUCUGACACUAUCACAGGCGUGCGAGUGGUCUCCUCUGGGGUCGACAUUUUUGCUGGAUUUGGUCUGGAUGCGCAGUCUGCGAGAUGCCCAAACCUCCAAGUGGACCUUUGCGAAGCUUUUGCAGAGCGAGCGCUCUUACUACCGGUGGGCUUUCUCUCAGUCACUAGUCCAGACUGUUCGUCGUGGUGAUUUGACCAUGUUACAGUGGCUAUUAUCUCACUUUUCAGGCUGCCCUGUGUCUCAAGAGGUGGUGGAGGAAGCUGCCCGGGGUGGGCAUCUGUGGGCUCUGCAAUUGCUCGAGAGAGACACAAGUCACGCAGGAAUUGAGUGGAGCGACAGAGCUGUAGAUAGGGCAGCGAAGAUUGGCGAUUGGGAGCUCGUAAGAUGGCUGCUUCAACGGACUGGAAGUACCAGGGAGACCAGGAGAGCGGAUGACGAGGUGGUGAACGGUGCGUUUGAGCAAAAUAACUUGAUACAGGUCAAGUGGGCAAUUGGCUGUGGAUUUGGAGUAGGAGGCAUUAAGUUCCCAGAUUGCACGGAAGCUGAGUGGCAAGGUCGGGCAGAAAUAUUGCGGUAUCUGCUAGACGGGGGUCACGUUCCCGUAGCAAAUAUUGCUGGCGUUGGCGCUUAUCAAGCAGCUCGAUUUGGUGAUCUGUAUUUUCUUAAAUGGCUUGAGUAUCAAUUGAAAGCUGAAAUUGACGUUCAAUACUGGACGCAUGCGCUAGAAAAUGCGAGUGAGAGUGGGUAUCUCGCUGUGGUGCAGUGGAUACUGACGCAUGCUGACGGUGUUGUCCGCGCUAACGGUCCGGCCGAUGCCAUGUUUGCAGCAGCCGAGAACGGGAAGCUGGACGUGGUACACUGGCUGUAUAAACACUAUGGCAGCAAACCGAAAGUGGGUCUUUUUCAAGAACGUGACGUUCCUGACGAUACUGGCAAUGACGAAGAACAUUUUUGGGACGAAGAUCUAGUACCAACUACUGCCAUGGAUGCUGCGGCCAAAAACGGACACCUCGCUGUGCUGCAGUUCCUCGACAGUAUAGAUACCUCAUCGCGGAAUAAACAGAAGAAACGGGGUGGAAAACUUUCGCAUAAUAGACAGGUAGGUCGCUACCCUCGCUGUACAUCGUUCGCGAUGGAUGCUGCAGCUGCUUGUGGACAUUUACAUGUCGUAAAAUGGCUUCACUCGCACCGUCUGGAAGGAUGUACGACACUUGCGAUGGAUCGGGCUGCUGGAAAUGGACAUUUCGAAGUGGUGCAGUGGCUUCAUGUGCAUCGUUCAGAAGGCUGCACAACUGCUGCGAUGGAUAUCGCAGCGACAAGACGCUUCCAUGUAUCGUCAUGCGAUGGCUUUGGCUUUGACGUUUGUUGUUUGCACAUUACUCCUAAAUCAUUUUUCGAGAAUCAGCUCGAAAUGUUGAAAUGGUUGCAUCUAAAUCGAUCUGAAGGCAGCAGUAGUGCAGCGAUGGAUGGAGCAGCAGCUAAUGGCAACUUUGAAAUGCUGCAGUGGCUACUUGAGAAUUGUACGGCGGGUUGUACCACCGAAUCGAUAGUAUCGGCUGCGCGGCUGGGACGCCUGGAUAUUGUCAAGUGGCUGGACCAACACUACCCCAAUGUUCACACUCUGAAAGCAAUGUCGGAAGCUGCAAGUGUAGGGCAUUUCAACGUUGUCAAAUGGAUAUACGAGCAGCAUACACCUGGACAUCAAACUGUUGCAGAAUCAAUGAAAGAGGCAGCUGCUGGAGGCCAUACGCGUUUGGUAAAAUGGUUAUUACCCCAUUGCACAAACCCUCGUCUUUAUUAUCUGCAAUGAAAGCGGCACUGUCCUCUCACAGUUUUGAAGCGAUGCUGCUUCUCGACGCUCAGCUGGUUAAUCAUUACACCGACGGCGAUCUCAGGAAUCAUUGGUUUCGAUAUCAGGAUAUUCGCAAUUGGUUUGACGAGAAGUACUCGCCAUCGGCAGAAGGAGAAUAAUUUUCGAAUUGCACGAUGAUGGUUGAGCCCUGUAACAUUUGUCGUUGAAUAGAAUCUGUGCUCGCUAAUUGCAUUUGUGCCGAGGCUAUCAGCAAGUUGCAUGAGGUAUUUGGAGAGAACAUCGGAAGCAUUUAAAGCACGGCCGUUCUUAAUAUUUGUGGGGUUGAAUUUAACGGCAUUUUCUACCUGAUUGAUUACCACUUGAGGACAAUAAACCAGUUGAUUCCACUUUGAACAAUGCA